UAAAGUGCUAAGUGUGUGAACGCGGGUGUUGGAGACGUUGGUGCUGGUCACUUGACACGAGAAAUUACAGAAAAAACGGAGCAUAAAAGUUUAGUUGCAAUAUAUUUCAGAAAAGUUGCCAAAAACGUGAAUUGGCAUACAAAAUUAUAUAUGCUGGGGUUUAAUCACUUCUAACAUACCCACCCACCGUCAGCCUAAUCGCCAAAUGCAACUCGCAGCCAAAGUGUCCCUUAACGCUUACACCGAAAGAAACACCAACGUCAUACCUAAGCAGAAGCAACAACAAAUUGGCAAUUUAGCAUAUCAACAGCGAUAUACAUAUAUCAAAAUUUAAUCCAAGUUUCGGACAGCAACGUAUGUAGGCGUUCACAAAACUCCGUGUCCCACACCAAAUAACGUCGAAGCACCAUCUGCCGCCCGCGCGCUCUGUGUAAAUCUUAUCAAUUCCCUUUAAAGAAUCACUGUCGUCGGCGUGCACAGUGGCGAUAAGUCUCAACGCAAAGCACACAUAAAAUAAUAAGUUUAAAAAUAUAGCACAAAAGUGAGAAAAAGUAACAACACAUCGCUGUACUUCUUGGUUUUACUGGGAUAAUUGUUUCUCGUGGAACUAGUGUUCACUUAUUGGCUGUAACAGCCAUUGCUAAUCGGAGGGUAUACUCUACACCAACGUACAAUAGCUAAGCGGCAUGGCACGCGGCUUUGAUCAUUUAUUUAAAUUAUUAAUUAUAGGUGAUAGUGGUGUUGGAAAGUCAUCAUUGCUGAUACGCUUCUCAGACGAUACCUUCGCCGGUACCUAUAUCACCACCAUCGGCGUAGACUUCAAGAUACGCACCGUUGUCAUUGAUGGGCUACGCAUCAAGCUGCAAAUAUGGGACACAGCCGGACAAGAGCGCUUCCGCACUAUAACGAGCACCUACUACCGUGGCACGCAUGGCGUAAUCAUUGUGUACGAUGUAACAAAUGGCGAAUCAUUUGCGAAUGUACGACGAUGGUUAGAUGAAAUACAAAAUAAUUGCGAUGUGGUCAAUAAAGUAUUGGUGGGUAACAAAAAUGAUGAUCCCGAUCGUAAAGUGGUCAUCACAGAGGAUGCGCAGCGCUUUGCGCGUCAAAUGGACAUCGAGCUGUUUGAGACAUCCGCCAAAGACAAUAUUAAUGUGGAAGAGAUGUUCCUCGCCAUAACGCGACAGGUGCUGCAGCAUAAGCUGCGUAAUGCGCAAAAUGAGCAGCAAAAGGACAGUAUCACUUUGAAGAAACAGCAAAAGAAUAAACGAAAAAGUAAAUGUUGCAGUUGAAACAUACGCCGCCCCACCACCACAACGGUUUUGUGUACAACGCGCAAUAAAACCACAGUACUCAGCAUAUUUUAAAAAUAUAUAUUAUAUAUAAAAUACAAAACAUACCACAUACUACACAUAUACAUAUGUACAUCAACAACAAAAAAAAAAACGCGUAUACGCAAAAAUAAACACACAAAAUAAGAAAGAACAGAAACCAGUCCAGGUCUAGUGACAACGCGCGUACAAUGUACACGAGUAUAUGGGUUAGCAUGGUCACGUGAGUUGUCAAAAUAUAUAGCAGUAGCGGCAGCAGUUUGUGUUGCAUGUUUCACAGCAUA